UCUGGGGGUGGUCGCUGCAUUUAUAUGUGAGAACAUCAAGAAACACAAUCAAUUCCCAGCCAACCCCAACCUUCCUUAACUUCAUUAUUUACUGGGCAUGUUGAUGGCUAUCUUCACAAUGAGAAGGAGAAGCAAUUUAAAAAGAUUAUUUGGGAAGCAAUGAACAAGGAGUACCUUGAGGAACAAGCAGCUAAGGAAGCAGCUGCAGCAGCUGCCAAGGAGGCCUAUGAGGCCAGUUUCAAGGAUAAUCCAGAGGGCUUAAAAGCUGCACAGGAACUUGCUGCAGCUACUGCAGCAGCUGUGGCAAAAUCAAGAAAGGAAAGGCAGCAGAAACGUGCUGCAGAAGCAAAAAAUACGGUUCCUGCUCAAACUGCUGCAGAAGCUACACGGCAAAUGCUAACUAAGAAGAGACUUAGUUCAAAAAUCAACUAUGAUGUAUUGGAGAAACUUUUUGACGAUUCUGUGCCUUCAGAAAACCCCAAGAAAAUUCGGACUGAAUCACAAACUGAGACUAAUGACCACAAAGCCCCCAUGAGCAACAAAAAGCUUGAGCCAGAGGAAGAUGACUUGGCACCAGAGGAUGAAUUUGGAUACGAGGGGGAUACUGGAGGACUGUAUGGCAAUGAUUUGUAUGGGGAAGGAUAUGAUUAUGAUGACGAUUAUGGUGAUGAUGGAUACUACUAAUGGGACUAUUCCCUCUUUCUCUCCCUCUCAAUAUCUCCUCCUGCCAUCUUGGGACGAGGCUGAAAAGAAAUGGGAAAGUGGGUGGGCAAAGAUUAGACCAAAAUUGAGUUAUUCACCUAUCAUGAUGCCAUAAGUUAUUGCGGUAUGGGCUCAUUCCUUUCCAGCAAUCUUUUCACUCUGGAUGUAGUCUUUAUCUUUCAAAUGUGACUGAUAGCAACAAAAAUAUAGGAAGUCCUUUAUCCUCAUCUACGGAUAUUCCUCCUUUCUUUUUCCCCUUUUCUUCAUUUCUUCUUAUGUAUUCUAUAGUGAGGGUGUUGAGACUGUACGGCUGAGCUGCUCUGGACUAUACUCACUGGAUCUAAUAUGAGAUAUUUUGUUAUUGAUUGACACUCACUUGUAACAAUAGUUCUAUUCAGCAAUGAAGGGUAUUUUCUAAUAAA